UUUUGUCCUCCCUAUCCUGCUGGUGAGACCCAGGGCAGCCUUGAACUGGAAAGACUGGCAUUGAUAUCUGAGGUCAAGAAGAGACAUAAUGAUAAAGUUGUCAAAGAAAAGAUGGCUAAGACCUUCGCAUACAGAAGGCAGGAGGUUGUCAGAGACAAGCCCAUGAUCGCAGGGUUCAAGAUCAGAUGGCCAGGACUGUUCACUGUGACAGAGGUGGAAGCAGAAUUUGUGAGGAUCACUACUUGUCCCCUUGUCUCCAAGUUCCACGCACAACUUGACCAACACACUAGUCAGCUCAUCAAAGUGUUCAAGAAGAAAGGAGGCUCUGCAGGGACCAACAUCAGCAGGAUCUUGGCCCCAAUCACACAGAAUGAAACGGUUGAAAAGAGGAGGGAGUGCAUCCUCAGGGCACUUUGUAUCUACCUAAAUGAAGACCCGAACAUCCUCUUCAAAGAAUACCUGGACACCGAUGGUGCUGCUGCCCAGAGGGAGAUUGAGCAACUUACCCUUGGCAUCUACAGCAUCAAAGUCGAUGGAGGUGAUGUCACCACUCUACCAGCUGAUGUUGGGAUAGUUAUCGAAGGUGUUGAAGUUCUACAGGACCUGAGAGAUGUGGCCUCUGCAUGUGCACUCUUAAUGGGGGUAAUAUAUGCAAUGAACCUGAGUUAUCCUAAGGAACUGAAGACCUUCUUUGAAGUGCUUCAAAAGCUACUCCUGCAGCUGGAUGCUGGUAGAUUGUCAACCAAGGUACAAAUGCUCAAGAACAAAUUGUAUGCUUGAACCAACUGUUUGAUAACCAGUUCAGAACUCCUUGUAGUGGCCGCAACACGAGCUGACAUGUUUGUGAAAAUGUUCAUUUGAAUCAUAUUUUUUUUU